AUUUUGGGAUUUUUCCGUUAAGCUUGGCAAUUGGUAUUUCAAGUCUGACCUUCUUCCAUUCAUAUAUACUCCCACUUUCGAUCUCCUUCAAAACACAAACAACAACAACAAAGAGAACUGAAUAACAUCAGAAUCAGCCAUGGAAACACCUACUAAACGACCUCUUCUCAAAACCAUCUCCAGCAACUCCUUCCGCCUCCGUUCCCCCAGUCUCAAUUCCGUACGCCUCCGCCGUAUCUUCGAUCUAUACGACACCAAUCACGACUCCUUCAUCACCAUCGACGAGAUCAGUCGCGCCUUGACGCUCCUCGGCCUCGACGCCGACAAGUCCGAUUUAGAUUCCAUGAUCAAAUCAUACAUCCAUCCUGGCAACGCCGGCCUCACAUACAACGACUUCGUGAGCUUGCACAGCUCCAUAAACGACUUGUUGUUCGGCCUGGAGGAUUUACAAAAACCGGCGGCCACCAAGGAGGAGCAAGAGGAGUCGGAUCUAAAGGAGGCUUUUAAGGUAUUUGACGAAAAUGGAGAUGGAUUUAUAUCAGCGAAGGAAUUACAGAUGGUGCUUGGGAAGCUAGGGUUUACGGAGGCUACUGAGAUGGAGAGAGUGAAGAUGAUGAUCUCGUCGGUUGACCUCAACCACGAUGGCAAAGUUGACUUUUCCGAGUUUAGGGACAUGAUGAGGGUCCUUGAUCAAUAGUUCAUGUAUGUUUCUACCUGGAAAUUAUGAGUUUUUUUUUUUUUAAUAGAUUACCCUAUAUUUGCGUUUAUCAUUUUAUCCUGCAUUCUAUUUCCCCCCUUUUUUGUACAAAAAAUUGGAGGAAAACAUAUUAAAAAUUCCGCAA